CGUGGCCCCGCCCCCUCAGCGGGCGCGUCCCGGUCCCUCCCGGGGCCCGCGGGGAUUUAAGGGGCCCGAUCCGGCGCUGCCUGCUCAGCCUCCUCCUCCUCCCGCCGUCAUGGAGCGAUUGCUGCCGCUGCUGCUGCUGCUCACUGCGGCCGCGGGGGACGAGACGCGCAUCGUGCACGGGCAGAACUGCCCCAAGAGGCGCCACCCGUACCAGGUGGUGCUGCUGGGACCCCAGCGCAACAUCCACUGCGGGGGGGUCCUGCUGGGGCGCCGCUGGGUGCUGACCGCUGCCCACUGCGACACCCAGAGCUCCAUCCCCAUCCGCAUGGGCGACCACAGCUUGAAGACCAAGGAGGGGACAGAACAGUGUGUCAACUCGGCCAAGGCCUUUGUCCACCCCAACUAUGACUCCACCAGCCAUGACAGCGACAUCAUGCUCCUCAAGCUCCAGAAGCCCGUGCACUUCACCGAGCACGUCCAGCCGGUGGCCCUGCCCAAGCGUUGUCCACCCCCCAACACCGAGUGCAUCGUCUCAGGCUGGGGGAGCACCAGCAGCCCUGAAGGGUUCUUCCCCGACGUCCUCCAGUGCGGGCUGGUCUACACCAUCUCCAAUGAAGAGUGCGCCAAGCUCUACCCCAAGGGCAUCACCAAGAACAUGCUCUGCGCCGGCGCCACCGCGGGGGGCACCGACUCCUGCCAGGGUGACUCCGGAGGCCCGUUGGUGUGCCGGGAGGAGCUGCAGGGCAUCGUGUCGUGGGGCAUGCAGGUGUGCGGGCAGCGCGGCAAGCCGGGCGUCUACACCCGCGUCUGCCAGUUCACCUCCUGGAUCCACAGCACCAUGAAGAACAACAGCCGCGACAACCGCGGCCCCCGUGGGCGGCGCCGGGCGCGGUGGGGCCGGUCGGGCCGGGUUUGGGCUCCUGCUCGCCGGGUUUGCCGGGGACGGGACGCGGAAGCCGCCACCAGCGGGAUCUCGGCCACGGGAGCCACGGGUGGCACGCGGGACACGGAGCCGGGCGGGCGCCCCCCGCCGCCCCCCGCGGGACACGCAGCGGCCACGGAGACACGAGCCAUGGUGGCCACCAGCCUCUGGGGAGCCAUGAGGGUGCUGGGAACGCUGGUCCUGGUGGUGACCACGGCGUCCUCGGCGUGGGGCGACACGCGUGUGGUGGGGGGCAUGGACUGCGUGCCCCACUCGCAGCCGUGGCAGGCGGCCAUCUUGGACAUGUACAAGCUGUACUGCGGCGGCGUGCUGGUGGACAGGCAGUGGGUGGUGACGGCGGCGCACUGCACCACGCCGGGGAUCACCACCAUCCGCCUGGGCAAGCACAACCUGUACACGCGGGAGGCGGGUGAGAUGCAGAGGAUGGUGCAGAAGCUGGUGCCCCACCCCGGCUAUGACCCCACCACCAAGGACAACGACAUCAUGAUGAUCAAGCUCCUGACGCCCGUCACCCUCAGCAGCAGGAUCCAGGCCAUCCCCGUGGCCUCCUGCCUCCCGGACCCCGGCACCACCUGCACCACCUCGGGAUGGGGGGCCGUCACCUCCCCUGAAGUCUCUUACCCGGACGUCUUGCAGUGCGUCAACGUCACCAUCUUCUCCACGGCCCAGUGCCGCCAGUUCUACCCCGGCUCCAUCACCGACAACAUGCUCUGCGCCGGGAGCGUCCAGGGCGGUAGGGACUCCUGCCAGGGCGACUCCGGGGGACCUCUGGUUUGCAACCGGACCCUCCAAGGGAUCGUGUCCUGGGGGAUGGAGAGAUGUGGGCAGCCCAAGAGACCUGGUGUCUACACCAAGGUCUGCAGAUACUACCAGUGGAUCCAGAACAUCAUGAAGGAGAACUAACAAUGGUCCAACAACCUCCAGAUGUCUGGGGGCGGGGGGUCAGAGGACCCCCCACCAUGUCCACCCUUCCACCGCUCACCGGGGUAGGACGUUGCGGGGGUAGAACCAGGGUGAGCUGGCGAAGCUGGUGAGAUGGUGGGUGGGAUGGUGGGAGGAAUUAAAACGUUGUGAUGUUUGGUGGGAA